AUGUUCCGCAAUCGCAUUCAAGCUUCUAGAUCGUCCAAAGCCACUCCGCGUACCGCCUCUCCAUUACAGACCCCAAAACUCAAAGAUUCCUGCGACAAAUGCUCUGCCUCGAAAGUACGUUGUACAAGGGAGAAACCCUUCUGUUCCCGCUGUGACAAGCUCGGAUACACAUGCUUUUACAGCCCAGCAAGACGGGCUGGCCGCCCCUACCGGUCAAAAAACCAGUUCUCAGAGGGAAUGAAUAGCGAAGAAUCAAACCCACUCUCUGCGAGAGAUAUAACAACCACCCAGUUUGUAGAUGAGAGCGCGAAACUAUACUCCCGCUUCAAUGGCUCCGCCACACCUGCCAACGUGACGUCCAAUAUCCCAAUCCCAAAUUCCACUCCGUUCAACAACCAAGCGGCACAGGCAGACCCUAUUACCGCAAAGAGCCACGACGUCUCCGAUCCGGAUUGCCUGCUAGUCGUUCUAGAAAUAUUCUCCGAACUAGAAGUAUCAGCAGAGCAAUUGAGACGGGUAUUACCCGUCGACGCAAGUCCUCUCAACGCAGUUGCACAGACUAUCACAGCAGCCUUCCAUCGCCUCUCUGGAAUUUUGAUCUGUCCUUGCUCUCAGCGAGCGGAGGUGGGGAUGCUCGUUUCGGCAAUCUGCAUGUCCAUCACUGAUAUACAUGCCAUGGCAAUUUCGAACUUCGCGAAAGACCAACCUCCAGCUGGGCUACUCAGUCAACCGACACCAUGGGAGAUUCCCGUUGUCGGGUUUAAUAGAUCCACUGAGCAUGACGCUACGGCUAUGCAAAUCUUUACAGAGCUUUCGGAGCUGGCCAGGCUAAUUUUACAGCUUACCGAGCGGUAUAAUGAAGGGGACGGGGCUUCAAAUUGGGAGGGUCUGGGAUGUAGACCAGAGCUGCCAACGGACAUCAUGGCAGGAAUGGCUACUUUCUUGAGUGAAAGGUUGCAGCAAAUCACGAAUGACGCUACUUAUUGGCUUGGAUGA